AGGGAGGGCUGCAGACGGUCCCUAGUUCUCUGUUUGCAUGGACACGCCCCCUCCCGCCACUGCCACGCCCACUCGGCGAGCCCGAGGCAGAGCCAGCGCCCGGCAGAAGGGCGCGCGCCGUGCGCGGCCCCUUUAAGAGCCGCCCGCCCCGCCUCUUUCCUCGCCGAAUGUAUCGAAUCCGGUGGGCGGGGCCCCGGCCCGCGUUGCAGCGACCAAUCAGGGCGCGGCUUUUUCCGCGGGAGAUCCGAAUUUCGCGGCACGUAGUUUGGCGCUUAAAAAAAAAAAAAAAAAAAAAAGCCGAGGAGCGAGCGGAGCCGCGGGAGAAAGGGAAAGAGAAAGAACCGGGGCCGCUCCGCAGCCAUCGCCCCCGCUCCAAUCCGGCCCCAUCUUGCUGCAGCCCCGCCGGGAGGCAGCCGAGCAGCGGCCACCAGCUCUGCAAGGGGGAGCCGCUCCAUGCGAGACGGUGGCGGGGCCUCGGGCGGAUUCAGGGCCCGGGCGGGGGGCGCAGCUCCCCCUGGCUUGAUGCUGCUCAACCCUCCCGCGCUGGGGGCCUCGGGAGGAGGAGCAGCCAAAGCAGAGAUUUAGGGGGGGCGAUUUUAUUAUUCACUUUUUAAAAAUGCAACGCGCUUGGGUGGGAGUCGAUUCCCACUCUGGGAGCUGAAAGUCACCAGCCCCUGCAAUAACCUGCACGUUACUGAGCUCCUGCAGGCUGAGGCUUGGGUCAGUGAACGGGCAUUUGAGCGCCGCAAAGCCCCGAUGCCCUGGAGACAACCAGUAACUUUGAAUUGUGUGUUUGUAUCAAAACAGCCAGCUGCAAAUUCGGGCCGGUCAGCGAAAGGAUCUUCCACGAAGAAAGGAGGGGGCUGGAGCUUUCUUCCUGAGUGAGGAGAGCGAAAGGAAACAGUCAUUUUUUAAAUUCUGGGGCUGCGUUAGUCUUUUCCUCCCCCAAUGCAUUAUAGCAAAAAAUCCGGCUUGAUUUUUCCCCCCAAGACAGCCUCAGACUGGAAACUGGGGGCCAUUCACUGAUCCUGCAUGCUACGCCCUGUUUUAAAUGGCUGAACAAUGCUGAGAGUCAAGGGAGUGUCUUCAGCCCCAGAAAGGGGGGGCUGCUCCAUUGCCUGCCUCCCCCAGCAGCAGCAGCAAAAGAAAGCCAUGCCUGUGAUGAGCUCUGCAGACUUGGUGACUUCCAGCCUCCGCAGCCCUCAGAUGCACUCCAUCCCGGCCAGCUAUUUCACGAAGCUGUACCCUCAGAGUGUGGCUACUGCCCCCGCAUCCAGGGGCAGCUGUCUCUACGCUACCCCUCAUGGACCCGAAAUCAAAACCAUCCGAUCUGCCUCUGCAGGAAGGCUGCCGGCCAAAAGGAAGCUGGAUCUGGACGGGACCGGCCAGCCAGGCAUCGCAGAGUUCCGGACGCCCAAGGGGAAGGGCAGGACAGUCACUCGAAUCCCCAGCCCCAGGACCCCCAAGUCGCCCGGGGAGAAGACGCGGUACGACACCUCCCUGGGGCUGCUGACCAAGAAGUUCAUCCACCUGCUGAGCGAGUCGGAGGACGGGGUGCUGGACCUGAACCGGGCGGCCGAGGUGCUGGAGGUGCAGAAGCGCCGGAUCUACGACAUCACCAACGUGCUGGAGGGGAUCCAGCUCAUCCGGAAGAAAUCCAAGAACAACAUCCAGUGGAUGGGCACAGGAAUUUUCGAGGAUACCUCUGUGACGGUGAAGCAGCAGUCCCUGCGCCAAGAGCUGGUGGAGCUGGCCAAGACCGAGAGAACGUUGGACGAGCGCAUCCAGGACUGCACCCUCCAGCUGAAGCACCUGACAGAGGACGAGACUAACCAGAGGUUAGCAUAUGUCACCUACCAGGACAUCCGCGCCAUCAGCAACUUCCAGGAGCAGACGGUGAUAGCGGUCAAGGCCCCCCCAGAAACCAAGCUGGAGGUGCCGGACCUCAAUGAGGAGAACGUGCAGCUCCACCUGAAGAGCACCAAUGGCCCCAUCGAGGUGUACCUGUGCCCCGAGGAGAUCCUGGAGGACAGCCCUGCCAAGGAGAGCAGCUUCCCCACCCCUUCCCUCCAGGACAGCAGCGAGGGCACCGACCCCUCCCCAGGGAAAGCCGAGCCCCUGAUGGAGGUGGAGGACGGGCUCCUGGACGUGCCCCAUCACCUGCUGCAGCAGACGGAGGACCAGCUGCCCUACGGUGACCCCGCCCCCUUCGUCAGCUUCUCCCCGCCCCUUGAUCAGGACGACUACCUGUGGGGGCUGGAGGGGGGCGAGGGGGUGAGCGACCUCUUCGAGGCCUAUGACCUUGGCGACCUGCUGAAGAACUGAGCCGGCGAGGGGGCCCCUCUCCCUCCCCGCUACGGUGCUAACGGCCUUGCUGGAGUCCGGGGCUUUGACUUGAAGUGUGGACUCCGAGCCCCUGCCCUCCCGGCCACCAGAGCAGGGGCGUGGAGACCUCCUGUGGGGCAGGACUUCCUCCCGCUCUGCCCCACCCGUGCGUGGUCUCCACAGUUCCUCCUCCGCUCUUCGGUGCAGCUGGGGCCAGCGCAGACUGGGCGUAGCAGUCAACCCGCUGCAGGAAUGAAGCACCUUCGCCCGUUUAUCUUUUCCCCGCCCUGCACACACGCCGGUAACAUGUUCCUGGCCUGUCCAGGGAUGCUGGGGCCGGGCAAGGAGCCCCUGGGAGACUGGGACUCUGUCAUGGAGAGUGAAUCUUCGCAUCCCGCCCCCGAGGCGACCCGUCUGCGGAACACGCAGGGCGGCUGUGUCUGGGGAGCGGAGGGGGAGUGGAACGCUCUGUGCUCCGCCAGGGGAUUUGCGUGGCGGGGCAGGAAAUCCCGUUCCCUGGAAUCUGGGCACGGGUGGGCACGUGUGCGUGUGUGAAUGAAGAAAUCCUUAAGCUCCCGCAGCUGCUCGGGGGGCCCGUAGGGAUCUGUGACGGCAGCACAGCUGCGAGACACUUGUCUGUUUUGCUCUGCAAGACCCGGGCGCCCCCUUUGGAUCUGACCCAGGUGGGGUCUUGCUUCCCCGUCCCUGAAUGUUUUGCUUGGAGCGUACGGGGUCUGAGCCAACCCAGAAACGCCGAGUGAAACCUGGUUUGUCCUUGCAGCCGGCAGGUGGCUUUUGAUGUGACCAGUCAGCUGAGAGUCCCUCCUUAGGGCCAUGGCCUCUAGGGGGAACUUACCAGGGACCUGCUCUGACAUCUUGUAACGAAACUUGAAACAAGGCAAGUCCGGGGUGGAGGGCGUGGUGAGACAGGGACGCACCCGUCCGCUCCCCUGUGAUGGGAGAGAUUCCAACUGCAUCUCCCUCCCCUCCGUCCCCUCACUGAAAUGACUGGCUGCCUUCGCUCUCAGUGGGUCACUUGGAUCUGCUCCAUCUAGACUGGUGCCAAGCGACCUGCUGUGAGCGUCACAUGUAUCCAGUAAAUGGGCCGUUGUUCCCAUGCGAGCCCCCGAGUCCAUGGUUACCCCAGAUCCUUCCUGACUGGAUCAGCCCUUCUCUAAAUUCAUUGUUAGGUUAGCGUGGGAUCUGUCUCGUCGAGUGGGAGAAGCCCCAAGUGCCACAGGCUGGGCGGGGUCCCCUAGGGAGACUAACUGCCCCCCCUUCUCCUUCCACGGUAGAUUCUGGGAACAGAGCAGAUUAAAUCUGGGAUGGCCAAGGUAGUGUAAGAGAGCUCUGAGUGCACCGUGCCUUGUGAAAACCAAGCCGUUAACUCCCACUGUGCUUCCUGUGAGGUGCGACUAAUACCCGCUUCCAUGUCGUGCUUUGGGAUCCUCUGAGGGACAGGGUCUUAGCGGUGAGAUCUGGACCAUUAUCCACAGCCCGCUGCAACAAAAUGGCGCUUGGUUUCCAGGGCGUGCCAAUGGCUUGCAGAUCACUCUGGGUCACCAAUGUCGCGGUGCUGGUUGCUUACUGACUUGCUGCUUUCUGAUGGGCUUGGCGCAUGUCAUGCUUCAGCCAAUCAGAGACCAAUCGUCUGCGCACUGUGAAACGUACACAUUUUCGCUGUAAUUUAAACUUAAAUCUGCUAGUCGGGCACUUAGUGUGAAAAUUGUCAACCUUAGGUGCCUAGCGCUGUGCGCCUAAAUGAAUAUUUAUGCAGCUAAUAGUGGCUUGAUUUUUUUUGUUUGUUUGUUUCAGAUGUUGAGCAUGCACUGCUCCCGCUUUGAAGUGAAAAUCAAGCCACUCGUAGGUGCCUAAAAGUGUGGAUUUGGGUGGCAAACCUGAGCUUCCAGAGUUCAGAAAUGUUGAUCUAAUCUGACUUUAUUUUUACUCAUAGUAAGAUUUUCAAAAUGUGGCAAGGUGCUUCUCUGCAUUUUUAGGGACCUAAAUACCUCUGAAAAUGUGGCUCUGCCAUGUAGCAACCUUGUUAGCCACAGAUUCCAUUGUCAAUAUAUUUUUUGUGUGUGCAAAAUUCCAGAGGGGAGAAGUAGCUUUUUAUUUCACUCUGUCCAAAAUUCACCUCACCCCCUUCCAGAAAGGCUUCUUUGGAUUUCCAGGUUUUCAAUAUUUGCAGAAUAGCUGUUGGUUAACGGGUGGGGAAUUUUGUCAUGUGCCAUCCCAUUAAAUUCUGUCUUAAAAAUGGAAACAAGCACAUUGUCUUAACCUCUCCUUGAAUGCAGCUUAUCCCCGCACGGGGAGAAUGCCAGACGGAGCCUGCAAUGGAUGCUGGGUAGGUAGAGUCCCGUUCACAUCUACCCACGUGGCUCUCCUUGCAGGACUGGAGUCUGAGGUAUUGUAGCCAAAAUGUCCCACUAAUGUUAAAAUUAAACACUUUUUUGUUGGCUUUUAA